AUGGCCCUCAGUGACACUGAUGUGCAGAAGCAGAUCAAGAACAUGAUGGCUUUCAUUGAGCAGGAAGCCAAUGAGAAGGUAAAAGAAAUAGAUACCAAGGCCGAGGAAGAGUUCACCCUUGAGAAAGGGUACAUUGUGCAAACCCAACGGCUGAAGAUUAUGGAGUAUUAUGAGAAGAAGGAGAAACAGCUAGAGCAGCAGAAAAAAGUCUAUAUGUAUACCAUCAGGAACCAGGCAAGACUGACAGUCCUGAGAGCCCAGAAUGACCUCAUCACUGAGCUGCUGGAUACUGCAAAGCAGAGACUCAGCAGGGUUGUGGAGGAUACAGAUACCUACCAGAAGCUGCUGAACAAACUUGUGCUCCAAGGUCUGCUCUGGUUACUGGAGCCUGUGGCAAUCGUUCGAUGCAGGCCGGAAGAUUUGCUUUUGGUGAAGGCAGCAGUGCAAGCAGUACUGCCGGAGUACAAAGCCAUGUCCAAAAGGCCUGUGCAAGUCCAGGUGGAUGAAGAGACGUACCUGGCACCCAAUGCAAUCGGUGGUGUGGACAUCUACAACAGCGACCAGAAAAUCAAAAUUUCUAAUACCUUAGAGAGUCGCCUGGCUCUCCUCGCCCAGCACAAGAUGCCAGAGAUCCGGGAGGCCUUGUGGGGACCUAAUCCCAAUAGAAAGUUCUUUGUAUAA